CACACCAGGAGAGAGAGGGGAGAGGGUAACGGGGCGAGACGGGUGUCAACACAAGUCUCCCCAACAAGUCUCUGUCUGGAUCUUCAGGCUGUUUCUGGAUAAACACUAGUUUUGAAAGAAAGAAAAAGCAACAACUGAAAAGAUUGUUUGUGAAGGAGGAGACUGUUUGAGGGAAAUCUGAGGGUUCCUGGCCCUCUGUGAGAGGAGGCCCAGCGCCGGAGAUGAGAUCGGCGAUCAGAGACAGAAACAAAAACAGUGCUGAGUUGGAGCGAUGGCGGACUGGAACCUGCUGGGGAAGCUUCUGGAAAAGGCCCAGGAGCACUCAACCGUGGUGGGAAAGGUGUGGCUGACGGUCCUCUUCAUUUUUCGCAUCAUGAUUCUGGGCGCGGCUGCGGAGAAGGUGUGGGGUGAUGAGAUGUCAGGCUUCACCUGUGACACCAAGCAGCCUGGUUGUCAGAACGUCUGCUACGACAAAACCUUUCCCAUCUCGCACAUCCGCUUCUGGGUGCUGCAGAUCAUCUUCGUCUCCACUCCGACGCUGAUCUACCUCGGCCACAUUCUCCACCUUGUGCGUAUGGAGGAAAAGGUGAAGCAGAGGGAGAAGGAGUUGGCUCAGCACGGCCAUGGUCACGCGCAAGCGCUGCUGCCCAACGGCAAGCCCAGGAAGCCGUCCGUCCGGGAUGACCAAGGUCGUAUCCGCCUUCAGGGGGUGCUGCUGCGCACCUACGUCUUCAACAUCAUCUUCAAGACCCUGUUUGAGGUGGCCUUUAUUGUGGGCCAGUACUUCCUCUAUGGCUUCCAGCUGAAGCCUCUCUACACCUGCGAUCGCUGGCCUUGCCCCAACAUGGUCAACUGCUACAUCUCGCGGCCCACCGAGAAGACCAUCUUCAUCCUGUUCAUGCUGGUGGUGGCCUGCGUCUCGCUGCUGCUGAACCUCAUUGAGAUGUACCAUCUGGGCUUCAAAAGGUGCCGGCAGGGGAUCCGGUACCGACGCUCGUUGCUGGCAUACGAGGACGGCUCCAAGCCACCGAGCGAGAAUGCGGUGCCCUGCGCGCCUGGCUACAACUUCUUCCCCCAGAACCCCCCUGGCCAGAACCCGUUCCCAUCAGGGCCCGGGUUUGUUAUACCCGCCCUGGGUGAACCCGGCGGCCCGUUGAACCCUUACAGCACCAAGAGUGCGUACAAGCAGAACCGUGACAACUUUGCUGUGGAGCGGGGCGACAGGACGGAAGAACGCCCCAGGCCUGCAAGGGACGGAGGCUCCUCUGGUGGGUCUGGUGAGGAUUCUGGGGAAGGAUCUGCCCCAGGCUCCACCCCAGGGUCGCCAGCGGAGAAGCAGAGGAGGUACAGCCAAUCCAGCAGGCGCAGCAACCAGAGGACUAGAAAGGAUGACCUGAGGAUCUGAGGAGAGAGAGUGGAAGAUCCUUCCUUCCCGCCUGCCAAUAGUUGCCUUUUCUGUGACAGACCCAUAUCAUGUGCUCAGGGCAGAUCGCACUCUAUUGCUCACGAGAAUUGCAGCAUGAAUGCGGUGUAGGGCGUGGUUCUACAUUACAGACAAUGUGGUCAAUGUGGAGAGUUGGCGGGGAACUUAAACAGCCAUUGUGUUUCCAAUCAAAACAUGCUGACCCUUACUUUUGUGACUGGCUCUGUCCAACAUGUUGCCCUCAGUGUCGUACAGCCAUGUGGUGGGAUUGUAGCAUGUGCUGGGUUAUACUGUACUUUUAGUAAAACCUAUUAACUAGUCUUCGCAGUCACAGUACGGUGUGAGACAAACAGACAGCUGCUGGCGUCAGAAGAUUGUCUCUUUGGUGUUCUACAACUAGCUGGUAUUUUUACGGCCAGAGAUUCUAUAUCAGUCAUCGCAUGUCUCUCUCAUGAUGUUUUACUUUGAAAAUGCUGUUCCUGUCAUUGUAAAUACCUAAAAUUUCAUCACCAAAAUACCUGAAGGUGUAUUUAUCAAUUGUGUACAAUUUUAUUUUGUCUAUAAAAUGUACUGUCCAUUGUCUAAUUAUAGACAAAGCUGUAGAAGCCUGGGGCUUUGCUUUACCUGAUCAUUUUUCUCAACCCCUUUCAUUUCCCAAAUGUUUUAAACGUUUCUCAUAUACUCCUCAGCCAUGAUAUACAAUCCAUUCUAUCAUUAUCAUCAAAAUAACAAAAUGAUUUUUGUCUUAAACUGUAACUCCUUCCCAAACCUAUUCCUAUGUUUUUAUUAAUAUUAUUGUUUACUAUUAAUUGCACCAUCUAUCCAGUCUUAUUUAUAUUUAUAUUUAUAUCUAUGUGUUUCUUCCUUUUUUAAACCAAAUAAAAUAGUGAAUGGAUUAUUUACUGAUUGUAAUUAGUUUCAUUAGAUCAUGUAAUUAGAUCAUCAGGCAUUAGCAUUUAAUGCUAUACUAUUAUAUACUGUAUGCAUUUCACAAAACAUUUUUAGCCAUAAGUUUCAAAGCAAUUACUUUAUGUGUAUUAUUAUUUUUUAAAUUAUUAUUAUUAUUAUAACGUUAUGUGCUGCCAUAGCCUUAGUCAAAUGCAAUACACUACAUAUACACUACAGAUUUAGUUUGAACUGGCAAACUUAGUAAUCAUGCAGAGUGAGAAAGAGACUCAAAACAGUAAUAUGUUUUAUUCCUCUGCCUGGUAAUCAUGAGCGCCCUCUGACACGCAGAAACUGAUGAAUCCGGUAUGAGCCUCCAUAACCUACACUAUUUCAAGACUUAUGUACCGGUGACCUAGCAGGCAGAAAACCUUCCACUCCUCAUGGUGAUCGAAACUAGUACUCUCAAAGUACAGUUGCUGACAGGAUUUCAGCAAGAGAAACCUCUGGACUGUGUUUGCGGAUUAAACGCGGAAGUACACAGUAAAGCUUCAAUGUGGACUGGCACAAAGAGAUGCAGAAAUUUGGCACAAAAGAUGCAGCAGUCCACUAUCAAGUCCCCAGUGUGGGAUACCUUUAUGGCCCAGAGAACUGUGCAAUUCACCAGAUUGGAAAUGAACUUUUCCGGAUUCCGUUUUUUUUCUGUGUUUGGCUCUUUAAAGCCUCCCUUAAGUGUGAUGUAUUUGGAGAGUAUGAGGUUGAAGCUGUGAUGGACUUGAAGUAAAUGGAAGAAAAAAAUA